UUCAGACGCGCGGCCGCGCACUCGGCCUGCCGCAGACCGAGGCUGGGCCCCGCGGCGGAGGCUGCUUCGGGGCUGCGCUGGCUGCGCGCUCUGGGAGGCGGCGAUCGCGGCUGGGCCGGGACUUCCUUCCUCCACCGCGCGACAACAAAACAAGCCGGCUGCAGGCACCGGGCUCUUGGCAACGGUCUGGGCCGGAGGCGCAGCGAUGGGCUCCGUGCUGAGCAGCGAUAGCGGAAAAUCCGCGCCCGCCUCGGCCACCCCGCGGGCCCUGGAGCGCAGGGGGGACCCCGAGCUGCCCGUCACGUCCUUCGACUGCUCCGUCUGCCUCGAGGUGUUGCACCACCCCGUCCGGACCCGCUGUGGCCACGUAUUCUGCCGUUCUUGCAUUGCUACCAGUCUCAAGAACAAUAAGUGGACCUGUCCUUACUGCCGGGCAUAUCUUCCUUCUGAAGGAGUUCCAGCAACUGAUGUAGCCAAGAAAAUGAAAUCCGAGUUCCAGAAUUGCACCGAGUGUGACACCCUGGUUUGCCUCAGUGAAAUGAGGGCACACAUAAGAACAUGUCAGAAGUACAUAGAUAAGUAUGGACCACUACAAGAACUUGGAGAGACAGCAACAAGGUGCGUAUGUCCAUUUUGUCAGAAGGAAUUGGAUGAAGACAGCUUGCUGGAUCAUUGCAUUACUCAUCACAGAUCAGAAAGGAGACCUGUGUUCUGUCCACUUUGCCAUUUAGUACCUAAUGAGAAUCCAAGCAGCUUCAAUGGCAGCUUAAUAAGACAUUUGCAAGUCAGUCACACUUUGUUUUAUGAUGAUUUCAUAGAUUUUAAUAUAAUUGAGGAAGCUCUUAUUCAAAGGGUUUUAGACCGGUCACUUCUGGAAUAUGUGAAUCACUCGAACACCACAUAAUUGUAUUAAAAGAAAAGGGAAGGAGACCGUACAAUUGCACCAUUUUUUUCAAGAUGCUGCUUGAAGAAUUGGAGGGAAACUGUCAAUGUUUGAUGGGCAAAAAAGUGUACAACACAGUUAUAUGUUUGUCCAUGUUUAUUGUUAU